GAGCAACGCCCCCCACUAUAAGAAGCAAGGGUACGACCGAGUGAGCCGGUUUACCUUUGAGGACCCGUACAGUAUACAGUCAUGCCUGAAGCGCCCGCCCCAACUCCCGCCGCGUCCAAGAAGAAGAAGGACAAGAAGAAGGCCUCCAAGGGAGGUGGAGGAGGCAGCAAUGUCUUCGACCAGUUCAGCCAGAAGCAGGUGGCCGAGUUCAAGGAGGGCUUCCAGUUCAUGGACCGCGACAAGGACGGCAUCAUCGGCAGGGGCGACAUCCGCGCCACGGCUGAUGAGGUCGGCGUGAACCUCUCAGAGCAACAGAUCGAUCAGAUGCUGGCCGACUGUGCAGCAUCGAUCAACUUCACGCAGCUCAUCAACAUGUUUGGCACCAGGCAACAGGGUGGCGCAACCGACGAGGAUGAAGUCAUCGUCGCAGCCUUCAAGGCCUUCGCUGACGAAGACGGCAAAAUUGAAUGUGACAGCAUAAAGACCGCCCUCAUGACCUACGGCGACAAGUACUCCGAUGAUGACAUCAAGAAUUUCUUCGGCCUCGUCCCCAUUGAAGACGGCAAGUUCCCUGCCAAAUAUGUCAGUGAUUUGCUCACUGGUAAACUCAAAGAUGAUUAAACCAUUCGUCAUAUAUACAAUUUCUAUGUACGCCAUGGGUCAUCGUGCUGUAUCUUGGAAAAAGCACUUCGGUCAUCAGCAUACGUCAAAUUUCUCUCCUCGUUCUACAGUUACUUUACGUUUUCCUAUAAUUGUGGGGAUCUUUUAUGUUGAUUGUGUAACUGUUGACAGUAAAUGAGACACCUCCAAGGACAGAAGUUCAAUAAUGAUCUAUAAGAUCAGAUCAGCAGUCGGAGGGAUGAAUUGGAUGCGGCAGGCUUUACCCUUCACACUGCUAUGCUAUUGCAUGCCUUUCAUUCAUUUUGUUACCUACGAUCUGCUAAUCUGAACUACGAUCAAGUGAACAUUUCUGAGUAACUUUGGUCGUUAACAUCGAGAGUAGGGCGAACGAUACGGUACUUCCAGACAAGUUCUCAAUAAAUUAUGUUCCCAAUUUUU